UCAAACCGACCAAUCAGCAUUGGGUAUGGGCUGGCACUCCAAACCAGCACGGUUCAGCCCUGUCUCUCUCUGCCAUGGACUCACCAGCCCCGCAAUAUUGACAAUAGGGUGAAACGGUUUAAAUACAAUUACACACUGAAUAAAGAAAACUUACCGAGAAGGAAGAAUAAGUCAGGCUUACACACACACACUGGAUUUUUGGAUUCCAUCAUCAGGAAAUGUGUUUAUUUUAACCCGCAUCUUUCUUUUUCUUUUCUUUUCUUGUUUUUUUUUUAUGCAUCCAUUGAUGGGACACGGAGGAUUAUUUCACUAGCUCGUCUGUAAGGAUUGGCAUAUCUUCGUUUUUUUUUUGUACAUUUAAGCAGAAUCGGGAACAUAUACACAUAUACAUAGACAUAUCUAUUUUUAAAGGAAAGUAAAUAAAUUAAAAACAAUAAAAAUCAAGGUGUUUUUACGGGAUCACUCCUUCUAACCAACUCAUUCGUUUCACCGAGGAUCAAAAGGGCUAUGUCCUCAGCAGCCACCUCGCCACCGUCAGUGGACAAAGUAGACGGGUUCUCCCGAAAAUCGGUCAGGAAGGCCAAGCAGAAGCGCUCGCAGAGUUCCUCGCAGUUCCGCUCUCAGGGCAAACCCAUCGAGCUCACACCCCUCCCUCUGCUCAAAGACGUUCCUGCUCAGGAGCAGCCGGAUUUGUUCCUGAAGAAGCUGCAGCAGUGCUGCACCGUGUUCGACUUCAUGGACACGCUCUCCGACCUGAAGAUGAAGGAGUACAAGCGCUCGACGCUCAACGAGCUGGUGGAUUACGUGACGGUGAGCCGAGGCUACCUCACCGAGCAGGCCUACCCCGAGGUCGUCAAGAUGGUGUCCUACAACAUCUUCCGCACUCUUCCACCCAGCGACAGUAAUGAGUUCGACCCAGAGGAGGAUGAACCCACUUUAGAGGCUUCAUGGCCACAUUUACAGCUGGUGUACGAGUUCUUCAUUCGCUUCCUGGAGAGUCAGGAGUUCCAGCCCAGCAUUGCCAAAAAGUAUAUAGACCAGAAAUUUGUCUUACAGCUGCUGGAACUGUUCGACAGCGAGGACCCACGGGAGAGAGACUACCUGAAGACAGUCUUACACAGAAUCUACGGCAAAUUCCUGGGGCUGAGGGCUUUUAUACGAAAACAGAUAAAUAAUAUUUUUCUACGUUUUGUUUAUGAAACCGAGCACUUCAACGGAGUCGCCGAGUUGCUGGAAAUUUUGGGAAGCAUCAUCAACGGCUUUGCUUUACCUCUGAAAGCUGAACACAAACAGUUCCUGGUGAAAGUGUUGAUUCCCCUGCACACAGUCAGGAGUCUCUCGCUUUUCCACGCACAGUUGGCGUAUUGUAUUGUACAGUUCCUAGAGAAAGACCCCACAUUAACAGAACCAGUCAUCAGAGGACUUCUCAAGUUCUGGCCAAAGACAUGCAGUCAAAAAGAGGUGAUGUUCCUGGGAGAGCUGGAGGAGAUCCUGGACGUGAUCGAGCCCACGCAGUUCGUGAAGAUCCAGGAGCCGCUGUUCAAGCAGAUCUCCAAAUGUGUCUCCAGCCCUCACUUUCAGGUGGCGGAGCGAGCGCUGUACUACUGGAAUAACGAGUACAUCAUGAGUCUUAUCGAGGAGAACUCCAACGUCAUCCUGCCCAUCAUGUUCUCCAGCCUGUAUAGGAUCUCCAAAGAGCACUGGAACCCGGCCAUCGUAGCUUUAGUGUACAACGUCCUGAAAUCCUUCAUGGAAAUGAACAGCACUUUGUUUGAUGAACUCACUGCCACCUACAAGUCUGAUCGCCAGAGAGAGAAGAAAAAGGAGAAGGAGCGAGAGGAGUUGUGGAAGAAGCUGGAGGACCUGGAGCUGAAGAGAGGCCUGCGGAGCGACGCCAUUAUUCCCACUUAACGCUGCCCCGCCUCUCGCAGCCCCGCCCCCAUCCGGAACACACUCCCACGUCUCCGGCCACGCCCACGCAGGCCUUCUCGUUUUUGUUUCCGUUCACAUUUAUUUUCCUUUUUUUCUGUAUCGUGCGACUUACUUUACUGUAGAUUUCCGUCGUCUAUCUCAUUAUUUCAGCGACAUUGUAAAUAUUUUUUCCUGCUAUAUUUUUUUUUUCCCCUUCAAGAAUAUUACACUGAAAAUGGAAAAAAAAACGGACUUUAGAAAAAAAACAAACAAACAAACAACGGAGAAAAAGAGCUCGCUCGUCCGCUGUGAAGCGAGGGAUAGACUCGACCGGACGCUAGGACUCGAAACGGACUGCUAAUGUGGAGAGGGAGAGAGAGGAAAGAAAUCGUCUAGGAAACAGAAGCCUCACCACUGUCGUUCGAGGAGAGAUGGGUUCCUGCUAACGCUCGUCCAGACACACCGUCUCACUCUCUCUCACACUGUCUCACUCUCUCUCUCUUUCUCUUUCUCUCUCUCUCUUUUUUCCAUCCUUUCAUCUUGUCCCUGAUUAAAUUCAUCAGAAUCUAUAAAUAGCAGAAUCUUCAAAGUGAAAAGCCUAAAUUUCUAACCAGCAUCCCCCCUCUUCACACACACACAACACACACACACCAUCUCAUUAACAAACUUUUUUUAUUUUUUUAUUUCUCGGUGCUGCCAGGAUUUUCUACACAUUUUCUUUUUCUCUCUUUUUUUUUUUUUGUCCUUUCAUUCUCCUCUCUAGAUUCUGCACCAGUCUGGCACUGGUACCAGUAAACCACAAACACACACACACACAAACACACACGCCCCAUUGCUGCGAAGACACCGAGGACCCAGCGUCCCUGCGCCAAACCUGAGAAGCUCGUAUUGUUAGUGUGUGUACGAGUGUGUGGUGUGUACGAGAGUUUCUUACAGUGUUAAAUAUCGUACCUGAAUGCAGCUCACUGAUCUGUUGUUGAUUAAACUAUUAGAACCUUUAGCGCAUUUAUAAAUAUAUAUAUAAAUAUAUAAAUAUAUACAUCUAUUUUUCUUUAGGGACGGUCACAGAGUGUUAAAUACGUAUUACUGAAACACCACUCGCUGUUUAAUAUUCUUUGUUUUUGUUUUUUUGUUUUUUCUUCUUCUUUCUCCAUUUUUACUCCUUAUGUUCAGAUUUCGGCCUUGAAUUGUUUUAGUUGUGUAGAUGAGCAGCGAGAGACAGACGGAGAGAGAGAGAAUGAGAGAGAGAGAGAGAGGGAUUGUGAAGGUCUCUGACUCAACCAGACUUUUUUGUUUUGUUUUUUUGUGGUGAGCCUCGAAUUAAAUGAUGACCGAAAGUCAAACUGGGUUGGAGAAAUGACAAAUGUUUAAUUAUUUUAAAAAUAAAGACAUAUUAAAUUAAACCUGUUUUGAGAUAAAAA